UGACAAAGUUGACAGUUACGUGAAUAAAUCUCACGACGUAUGUUCGGUAUUUACGCGACGUUACGUAGAAAAUUUCAUAAAAACUUCAGUGUGCAACGAUCCCUAAAUCAUACGUGACUUUUCAGCACGGAGUCAUGGCGGUUCCAAACAACCCAUACAACAAGUUGUUGAAGACUUUGGAAGUUAACGGAAAGACUUAUAAAUACUAUGAUGUAGUCGCUCUUGGAGAGAAAUAUGAUCGUCUGCCCUACAGCAUCAGGGUACUCCUAGAAUCAUGUGUGCGUAACUGCGAUGGUUUUCAAGUAUUACCGCAGGAUGUAGAGAAUGUAUUGAACUGGGAAGUGAACCAGAAAUCUGACGAUGUGGAGGUCGCUUUUAAACCCGCUAGGGUUAUUCUGCAGGAUCUAACAGGAGUACCAGCAGUGGUUGAUUUCGCAGCGAUGCGUGAUGCUGUAAAGGAUCUAGGUGGAGAUCCAAAUAAGAUCAAUCCAAUCUGCCCAGCCGAUCUGGUUAUAGAUCAUUCCGUGCAAGUUGAUUUUUCUAGAAGCUCUGACGCUUUAAACAAGAACCAGGAACUUGAGUUUGAGAGGAACAAGGAGAGAUUCCAAUUUUUGAAGUGGGGAGCUCAAGCCUUUAACAAUAUGAUGAUAGUACCUCCUGGUUCAGGCAUUGUUCAUCAGGUGAAUUUAGAAUAUUUAGCGCGCGUGGUAUUCACGGAUGAUAUAUUAUACCCCGACUCUGUUGUUGGCACGGACAGUCAUACGACCAUGAUAAAUGGGCUUGGUGUUGUGGGAUGGGGCGCGGGGGGUAUUGAAGCGGAAGCAGUAAUGUUAGGUCAAGCGACGAGCAUGUUAUUGCCAAAAGUAGUGGGGUAUAAACUUAGUGGGGAAUUGAACCCUAUGGCUACAUCUACUGACCUUGUGCUUACUAUUACUAAGCACCUCCGUUCCCUCGGUGUGGUGGGCAAGUUCGUUGAAUUCUUCGGUCCCGGUGUUUCUGCCCUAAGCAUAGCUGAUAGGGCAACUGUGGCCAACAUGUGCCCCGAGUUCGGGGCAACUGUGGCACAUUUCCCCGUUGACGAGAGAUCGUUGGAUUAUUUAGCACAGACCAAUCGUCCCGCCGAAAAAAUAAACAUAAUAAGAGAGUAUUUGAAAGCGACAAAACAGUUUAGAGACUACACGAAUCCGGAACAAGAUCCAGUGUUUUCUGAGAUAGUCGAGUUGGACCUAUCCACGGUCGUGACGUCAGUGAGUGGACCGAAACGACCGCAGGACCGUGUUUCCGUGUCCGACAUGAAGGUGGACUUUGCGCAGUGCUUGACUAAUAAGAUCGGUUUCAAAGGCUACGGCCUGUCCCCCAACCAAUUAUCCGCUUCGGGUAGUUUCUCCUUCAGCGAUGGAAAGGAGUACACCAUCAACCAUGGUUCGGUCAUCAUAGCGGCUAUCACGUCGUGUACCAACACGUCCAAUCCAAGCGUGAUGUUGGGGGCUGGUCUCCUAGCAAAGAAGGCAGUGGAGAAUGGCCUUAGUGUGCUACCUUAUAUCAAGACAUCUCUAUCGCCUGGUUCCGGAGUUGUUACCUAUUAUUUGAGGGAAUCCGGAGUUAUACCAUACUUGGAAAAACUCGGUUUCAACAUCGUCGGCUACGGAUGUAUGACAUGUAUUGGAAACUCUGGUCCGAUUGACGAUAAUAUCGCUAAUACUAUCGAAAAGAACGAGCUAGUAUGCUGCGGCGUGCUAUCCGGCAACCGCAACUUCGAAGGCCGAAUCCACCCCAACACGCGGGCCAACUACCUCGCGUCGCCGCUGCUCGUGAUCGCGUAUGCGCUCGCUUCCACCGUGGAUAUAGACUUUGCGACACAGCCGCUUGGUAAGCGCCCUGACGGCACUCCUGUGUUCUUGAGGGACAUUUGGCCUACUCGCGCUGAAAUUCAAGAGGUCGAGAACAAAUACGUCAUUCCCGGCAUGUUUAAGGAGGUAUACGCGAAAAUAGAGCAAGGCUCUCCAUCAUGGCAGACCCUGGACGUGCCGAAAGGAAAAUUGUACGGAUGGGACCCGAACUCAACAUAUAUCAAGAAACCACCAUUUUUCGAUGGCAUGACUAAGGAAUUACCCCCAAUCAAAAGUAUAGUAGGCGCCAGGUGUCUGCUCUUACUGGGUGAUUCUGUAACAACAGACCACAUCUCACCCGCCGGCUCUAUAGCCAGAAACUCACCGGCCGCUAGAUAUUUGGCUAGUAGAGGUUUAACCCCCCGCGAAUUCAACUCGUACGGUUCGAGGCGAGGCAACGACGCGGUAAUGUCGCGAGGCACGUUCGCGAACAUUCGCAUCGUGAACAAGAUGGCCGCCGCGCCGGGACCGAAAACUGUUCAUAUACCGAGUGGCGAUAGUAUGGACAUAUUUGAUGCGGCUGAGAGAUACGCAAAAGAAAAUGUGCCCCUAAUUGCAAUAGUGGGCAAAGACUAUGGAAGCGGUUCGAGUCGAGACUGGGCAGCGAAGGGACCGUAUUUAUUGGGCAUAAAAGCAGUAAUAGCCGAAUCUUUCGAGCGAAUCCACCGGUCAAACCUAGUCGGUAUGGGCGUUAUGCCCCUACAGUUUCUGCCCGGGCAAAACGCGGAUACCCUGGGACUGACCGGGAAAGAAAUGUUCAAUAUUGAAGUGCCGGAAAACCUGAAAACUCAUCAGUUGCUUGAUGUAAAGGUGGACAACGGCACGACCUUCCAAGUGAAAGUGCGGUACGAUACUGAAGUGGACCUCAGUUACUUCAGACAUGGCGGCAUUUUGAACAAUAUGAUAAGGAAGAUGUUGUAAAAUGUAAAACUACCCACAUUUUUUUUUG